AAUCUGUGGCUGCGGUGAAGGGUUUCCCUCAACUUGGGCUUGACCAACAGCGGCCAGCUAGGCUAACCGUGCAGCAGGUUUAAGCUAACCGUGCAGCAGGUUUAAGCUAACCGUGCAGCAGGUUUAAGCUAACCGUGAAGCAGGUUUAAGCUAACCGUGAAGCAGGUCUAGGCGGCUGUGUGCAGAUUGGAGAGAUUAACGUUAACUCCAUAAACCUGCGUUGUCACCGUCGGUCGCGACUUGAAGAAGACUAAAUAAAACGGCAAGAUUUGUGCAAGCUCCAUCAUCUCCUGUGAACAUCUAAAAACAACAGAGAAGCAAUAACAUCCAGUGCUCAAACGGCUGUGUUGAGGAGAGAUGACAAAUCAUGGAUAGCUGGAAUUCAUGAAACUGCCAAAAUGUCUUCAAUCUUAGGACUCCCUGAACAAUAUUCAGAUGUAACAGUCCUCAUAAGAAGCGUCCACUUGCAUCCUCUUUGUGUGCUUGUGGAGUUCUGGGGGAAAUUUAGCGAGGACAGGACAGCAGAUUAUGAGUGCCUUGCCAAAGAGAUUCAGUCUCCUGGAAAUGCGUCUCAAGAGUUUGAAGGAAAACCUGGUGACCAGUGCUUGGUUCAAGAAGAUGAUACUUGGUACAGGUCCCGAAUAGUCUCAAGAAAUGGCUCGAAUUACAGUGUGUUCCUCUUUGACAAAGGGAGAACAUGUAGCACUACCACAAGUCGGCUGGCAUGGGGCAAGAAGAACCACUUCCACCUGCCACCCGAAGUGGAAUUUUGUGUCCUAGCCAAUGUGUUACCACUCUCACCUGAGAACAGAUGGUCUCCAGUGGCUCUUGAAUUUCUGAAAUCUCUUUCCGGGAAGUCUUUGAAGGCACAUGUGCAAGAUGUACUGGUGCCGCACAGAACAUUUCUCCUGCACAUCCCUUGCAUAUCAAAACAAAUGUAUGAGAUGGGAAUUGCCAGGAAGCUGUCUCCAGAUGUGUUCCAGGACUAUGUCCUUACGUCGCUGCAGUCUCACAGUGGAGUGGAGGUGUCUCCAGGGACUCAGAUGUCCAUGGGAGCAGGUGAGCGUCUGCAUAAGAAAGAUCUCUUCAUGUACCCAGAGCUGUCAGCAGGAACUGUGGAGACCGUCAUAGUUACAGAAGUGAUCAAUCCCCGAAGGAUGUUUUGCCAGUUGAAGGUCUUCUCACAAGAGCUGAAGAAACUCUCUGGGCAAAUAACACAGUGCUGUGAGGGCAGAACGACGAAUUGCAUUAUAAGUCCAGAAAUGGUUGGGUUUCCGUGCGCUGCGAGAGGAAGUGAUGGCAGGUGGUACCGCUCUGUUCUUCAACAGGUAUGCUCAAACAAAGUGGUGGAAGUGUUGAAUGUAGACUAUGGUACAAAACAGUUUGUCCAAAUGGAGAAUGUAAGACCACUGGCUACAGAGUUCUUCAGGAUGCCCGUCGUGACUUAUAUCUGUUCCCUCCAUGGAAUCAUUGACAAAGGGCUUGGAUGGACAACCAGCCAGAUUGGCUAUCUCAGGACCCUUCUUCUGCACAAGACAGUGAUUGCCAAAUUUGAGUACCAAAGCAUCUCUGAGGGUGUCCAGUAUGUCACACUCUAUGGGGAUGAAAGCACAAGCAUUAACAACCUGUUUGGUUCCAAGGAGAGCUGUUUUCUUGAGAGUGAAAAACCACUUGGAGAUUAUGCCAUCCGCAGCACAGCAUCCAGCCGCAAGCAUCCAGCUCAACAAGAAAGAAAUCAAAGAAAGGUGUUAACUUCUGGACAGGCUGUAGAGGAAAAAGAAGGGAAAGGAAUAGUAGUGAAGUUGCCAGUUGAAGACCUCUCUCUCAACUCCUCACAUGUGGUGGUAGUUCAACACAUAUCUGACCCUUCAGAGUUUUGGAUCCAAACACAGAACUAUUCAAAUGAGUUGGAUGAACUGAUGGAUAGCAUCUACCAUCUGUACAAAGACUCGGAGAAUAAAGAUGUGGCUCCAAGCUUUGGCCUCUACUGUGUUGCCAAGGCAAAAGAUGGUGAGUUCUACAGAGCAACCGUGGCUGAAGUUGGCGAGACACAUGUCAAGGUGUUCUUUGUUGAUUAUGGAAAUACGGAACUGGUUGACCGGAGUAACAUCAGAACCCUUCCUGACGAGUUCAAAAAGCUGCCAUGUCUCUCAUUGAAAUGCUCCCUGGCCGGAGUCAGGCCGAAAGAUGGGAAAUGGAGCCAAAGUGCCUGUGAUUAUUUCAUCAAAGCAGUCACAGAUAAAGAAGUAACUGUACAUGUGACAGCAAAAUUUGAUGAGGGUUACGUUGUCCAACUAACAGAUCCUAAAGCACAGGGAGAAAGAGAUCUCAGCACACUGAUGUGUAGUUCUGGCCAUGCUGAAAGGGCUGAGACACGGCGACAACUCAAUACCAAAAUGAGCACUCAACCUGCCAUUCUGCCACAACUCCCAGAUGCCAGGCUCUAUGGUGUGUACAGCAACAAAGGCAUGUUUUCCCAGGCCACCCUUAACACAGUUGGCCCUGCCGGUAAUGAAAGACAAAUUCCAACAUUCAAGGAGCACAUGUUUCCCAUCGGAAGUGUCAUUGAUGUAAGUGUGUCCUACAUCGAAAGCCCAAAUGACUUUUGGUGCCAACAAGUUCAAAAUGCAGGGCACUUGAAAUUGCUGAUGCAUGACAUACAGGCUAAUUAUGCUGGCAGUGAGUUUCAGCCCAAUGUGGAAAUGGCUUGUAUCGCUCGCCACCCUGAUAACAGAAUGUGGUACAGGGCCCUUGUAAUUCACAAACAUGAAACACCUGAUGUGGAUGUGUUGUUUGUUGACUAUGGCCAGAUGGAAACAGUCUCCCUCUAUGACCUGAGGAGGAUCAGCCCACAAUUCCUUGCUCUGCAGGGCCAAGCUUUUCGAUGCAGUCUGUUAAACCCUGUUGACCCCACGUCUGCCAUAAACGAGUGGAAUGCCGAAGCAAUAGCAAAGUUCCACAGCUUUGUGGAAACUGCAGCAUCCAACUUUGCAAUUUUAAAGUGCACCAUAUAUGCUGUCAUGUACAGUGAGCAGAAGAUUGUUUUCAACAUUGUGGAUCUAGAAACUCCCUUUGAAAGUGUCUGCACCAGUAUGGUCAAUCUGGUCAAAAGUGCACCUCCGAAGAAAGCUGCUGGGCCAUCUUUCCGUCUGGACACAUACUACUACUCCAUGCACAAUGUCAAAACAGGAACAGAGGAACAGGUCACAGUGACGUGUGUGAACAAUGUCCAUGAGUUCUACUGCCACCUCGAGAGGAACGCUGAUGUGAUAAAAGAUCUCAAGAUCAAAGUGGGAAAUCUCUGCCAUCAGCUUGAGAAUGUAAAGCUCCCAACAGUCUUUGGAACUUUGUGCUUUGCGAAAUACACCGAUGGGCACUGGUACAGGGGACAGAUCAAGGCCACAAAGCCAGCGAUUCUGGUUCACUUUGUGGAUUAUGGUGACACUAUUGAGGUGGAAAAGUCUGACUUGCUUCCCGUUCCCAGAGAGGCUAAUGACAUCAUGUCUGUGCCUGUGCAAGCAGUUGCGUGUAGUCUCUCUGACGUCCCUGCCAACGUUCCCACAGAGAUGAACCGCUGGUUUGAGACAAGCGUAACAGAAUGUAAAUUUCGAGCACUAAUUGUGGCCCGAGAACCUGAUGGGAAACUGCAGGUUGAGCUGUAUCAUUGCAACACUCAGAUCAAUUCAAAGAUCAAGAAGAUGUUUCAGACUGAGAAGCAUUCAGAGCAGAUUAUUGUCCACCAUAGUCAGAGAGUACUUGAGGCUUCGGGGAAUCAUGCACAAAAUACUCCAAAAGUUGUCCCAAAACAAGCUGCAGAAAUUGAAGAUCCCACUCAAACCAUCAAUGGAAAUUCCUCCGCUCCAAAACCAGCAUGUCAAAUGAGGAAUGCUGAUAUGAAUCUGCAGUCUGCACCAAAGCCUUUGUGCCAAGUUUAUGAAAAUAGCCGAAGGAUUAGAGCUGCUCCCUUUGAGUUCUACAUACCUCCACACAAGAGACAGUCAUGUAGACAGACACCCAGUAGUACAGAAAAUGGCUCUGAGCUGGCAGGUGCCCAUAUCAAACCAGGAAAAAACAGUCUUCCCACAGAAACUAAACAGCUCAUCAAUACCAAAUCACAUGGCACUGAAUCUAAGAAGGAAAGCGAUGUGGAAAGAUUCCCUACACUUGCAGACCUACCGUUAAACUCUAUCACAUCAGAUAUGGAAGCAGAUGUUUAUGUCUCGCACUGCAACAGCCCAAUGAGUUUCUAUGUGCAACUUGUCCGAGAUGAAGAUGAAAUAUUCUCCCUUGUGGAAAAGCUAAAUGAUCCCCAAUCCACCCCCCAAACCAAAAUCGUCAAAGACGUGCAACCAGGUGACCUUGUUCAAGCAGAGUUCGCUGAGGAUUCCUCGUGGUACCGAGCUGUUGUACGAGAGACCCAUGGCAAAACGAUGGCUCUUGUUGAGUUUGUUGAUUUUGGAAACACUGCAAUGAUGCCAAUUGACAAGUUAGGCAGACUCCAGAAGUCUUUCUUGCAGCCUCCCAUCUACAGCACACACUGUAUGCUGAGUGAGGCUGCUGGUCUUAGAAACGAGGAAAUGCUUAACCAAGUAAUGUUGUCGGCAUUCAAAAAAGACAUCGGGGGUAAUGGAGAAAAGGUGCUCAAGUGCAACUUCAUCAGGCCGGCAGGAUCUGUGUGGGAAGUCAGUCUUAGAGACAGUGGUGUGAAUGUCACGUGUAAAGUCCCUCUUACUUGCUCAACUGAUGGUUCUGAAAAUACCUCAGAGGAACCUGAGCAAGUCAAGGAACAACCUGCCCAGAUCUGGCAGAACGUGCCAGAUAACUCAGAGGAAUCACCACCGAACUCCUCUCUAUGCUACCACCAACAAGAGUUUUUAGAGGGACAAAGGUUAGAGGUCUACAUAACGGCUAUAGAUGAUGCUCAGACCUUUUGGUGUCAGCCGGCGGACUCAGGGGACCUUGAGAAGAUAACAUCAAGCGUCUCAAAAGUGUUGGAUGCAGCUGAUCACAAACACAUUGACCCAGGCUUUCUCCCCCCUGGCAGCCCAUGUAUUGCUCUCUUUUCAGACGAUGGCUUUUGGUACAGGGCAGAGGUCAUCGACAAAGAUGGCAAUGAGCUGUCUGUUCUCUUUGUGGACUACGGGAACAAGACCCAAGUCAACUUUAAAGAUGUGAGGGAAAUACCCCCUGACCUGAUGGAAACUCCCUCACAGGCAUUCCUUUGCGAGCUUGAAGGCUUUGACGCUUCCCAUGGAUCCUGGGACAGCAGUGCGGUAGAUGAGCUGUCAGUGCUUACAACAGACAAAGUGUUACAGCUGACUGUCACCAGAGUAACAAGAGGAGCAGGAAAAAUCAAAUGCCUUGUGCAGAUGGAAUAUCAGGGCCAGGUGAUAAAUGAGGCACUGGAAACCUGGUGGAAGAGCUCCACGACGGAAAACCAACCUGGUGCAGUUGGAAUGACCACUUCAUACCAAACACCACUGCAAUGUGACUCAACUGUGAAAGAAACUGCACUAAGCCAGGAUCAGCUAGAGUAUGCCAAAGGCCAAGGCAUUGAUAUUGCUGAUGCUUGCAUUUGCCCUCAGAGAGACCAGAGUGAAGAGCAGAGCACCGGCGAGCUUGUUGACCUCCACGCAGAUGUUUUGCCAUGUGAUGGCGGCAUAGAUGAAACUAGGUUACCUCAUAACAAAGGGGACCAAGGUAUUUUGACCUUGAGCUGUGACAAGAGUGCGGUGGAAACUGAAAAAGGAGCUGAAGAGGAGGCUUUCUCAGUAUUGGACAUUAUUGGGCCAGGGGACUUCAAUUCUCCAUUGGAUGAGAACCAGAUGAAUGCCAGAGAUGAGUCAGAGGGCAAGAAGACUGACUUGGAGUCUCUGCCAGGAGAGGUUCAUACCUACAGUAUUGAAAGCAGAUUUGACAACAUGAAUUCUUCUGAUCCAACUGAGGACAGAGAUGACAGCAAGGUUAUCAUGGCAAGGGAUAAUUCUCUUACCAGUACGACUACAGUUAAAAUGGUUUCCCGUGAAACACUGUGGCCCAAGGAGAGCAUUGAUUUGCUUGAGACACAUGAUUGCAUUUCUGACAACUUAAAACGGAUUCAGACUGCAUCGCUGCUGCCCUGCUGUGUGCUUCCUGCGUUUGAGCAGGAGAUUAGCAUGGGAGAAGCCCCAAAGGAAGAGCUGCCAUGUGUCACACCACAUGUUGAGAAUGUGUUGAUGACUGGUGAGGAGACCUUGGCUCAUCACGAGGAUACAUAUUCAGCCCUGCCAGCUGACUUGGACACAGCACCCAUUAAGACACAGACCUGCACAGCUCCGUCCCAAGAUUCGGGUGAUGGGUUUGAGGAGGCAAACUUUUCUGUUGAGGAGGAAACCUGUUCUGUUGAGGAGGUGACCUGUUCUUUUGAGGAGGCGACCUGUUCUUUUGAGGAGGUGACCUGUUCUUUUGAGGAGGCGACCUGUUCUGUUGAGGAGGCGACCUGUUCUUUUGAGGAGGCGACCUGUUCUGUUGAGGAGGCGACCUGUUCUGUUGAGGAGGGGAGCUGUUUGACAGAUGUCUCCACAGACCCAAAUGAGCAAAGUAAUGACUGGGAAGUCACCAGUGCAAGAGGUGAUCGUCUCAGCAUUACAUUAGCAGAGGUUCAACAUGAAUCAAAGCAUCCUGGUAGGGAGCUUCCACAAUUAACAGAAGCUCCAUCAGAGCAUCAAAUAGGAGACUUGUCCCUGCAGGAUGAGGCCAUGCACAACAAGGAGAACUCUGUGACUAAAGACGAGACCUCGGCUCUUCACAAAGAUCACCUUUUUGCUCUGCCUUCCGACACUGAGCCACAAGAGUACACAGUCCCUUGUCCAAAUUUGAGAGACCAGAUUGAAGAGGUGACCUGUCUUGUCAGAGAGAACUGUCGGACAGACAUCUGCAGAGGUCCACAUCAAGAAAAUGCAAGUGAGGAGAUUGAGCAGCCGGUGCACAGCCCCCCAGUCCCAGAGAGGAUUUCAGCCAUAGUGUGCUGGAGGAAGAAAUGUCAUCGUCUGCAGAUGACAGUUUUGAGGCCCAGCUGACGAGGAUAACUCAUCUCUCUCUCAUAAUCAAUGAUGGAUCUGCUGAUAUUUUGCUUGUUAAGAAGCCGGAGGAGUGACCACUUUCUGUUUUACUUAAUUUGCCUUUUAUCAGACACAUAAUCAACUGCAUAUGCUUUAAGUUACAACAUGUUCAGUUCUUUUCUUUCUGUAAAUGCUCAAAGGCAGCUUUGAUUUGUUGAAUUGACCCGGCAGCUCAUCUUUAUCCUUUAGCCAGUUUCAUUGUUCCUAUUGGAAAAACAACCCUGUGGUUUAAAGUGCCUUUGUACAGUAAUGGCAUUAAAAGCAGUUUGCUGUCUGUAUCCAUUACCUUUUCCAGUGGUACUUGCAGCAUUGUUGUGUUACAGACUGUUUUAAUAAACUGCCACAUAAGUCUUUGGAAAUGACUGAUUAUUUUUGUUUAAAAAAAAAAAAAGCUGCUUUGAAUGUUUGAUGUGAAAUGCAGCAUUUACAAGAUGGUUUCUGUGUUUUGUGUGGAUUUAUGCAUGCGUUAAA